AAAGAGAAGCGACGCGCACAAUUUCGAAUGACAAAGCAUCCGUGAAAAGUGUGAAAAAUUUGUUGGUAAAGUGAAUUAAACUAUAUAGUAGUGGACUAAAAUAUAUAUUUAAUAAAGUGCAAGUGAAAAUAAAUAUAUUUAUAAGAAGUGCGCGCGCAAUUUGCAUUUUCACACGCAUUUGCAAGAAACAGCAACAACAACAAUGGACCCCUUCACUCAGCGCAUGCUAGAAAAGGCCGAACAGCGCAGUCGCGCACUCGGCAUAACCAAUGCCAGCAAAUUUCCACUGUCGGAAUGCAGCUUGACGACGCCAGCGUCUGCGUCAACGUCAGCGGCAGCGCCAACGCCGAAGUCUGUUAAUAGCAGCGGAAGCAGCAGCAGCAGCGGCGGCGGCGGCAGUAAAGUUGUUAUCCUGGAGAAGACAACAUUAGAGGCAUCGCCCACAAAGCCGCUGCGUCAUUAUGCGGCCGUCAACAAGGAGAAUAUGGAAAUGGGAAUUGAGAUAAACAUAACCACUGCUCAGCCAAUUGGGGUGCAAGUUGAAAUUCAGGAGCAGGACAUGACCGACGAGGAUGGGGAUGAGGAUGUGGAUGAGGCAACUACAGCUGCAGCUGGGGAGGAGGCACAGGCAAUGCUGGUGAAUCAACCGUUGGCCCGACUCCGAGAUACCUCGCGCAAUCGUCUGCAGCGCAUGGGCGCACUGUACUCCAACGCGGAUGAUCUGUCCUCGCCCAUACAUCGCACCGAGGCGCAGUUCCAUGCCGGCGACGAUGAUGUGGACGCGAAUCGCAGUCCGCGCAAGGGCAAACAACGCUUUGGCAAACUGGCAGCGUUGGCGGACACAAUCAAUCAGUGGGAGGAUGAUACGGCACAUCAUGAUGUGCAGCGACCGCUGCUGGAUGCAGUGCCUCCGCCCAAACCAGACUUGCCCAGUCGUCCAACUGCCGAGCCGACAUCCAAGGCGGUCGUAGCUGAUGCCGCCAGCAAUAAAACAAAGCAAUUGAAAUGGGAUCCUAAGGUAUUGAGCUCAUUGGAGGCACAAGGUUUUCAACGACGCGAAUCCUCAACGCUUAAACAUACAUAUGAUUAUGCCAAACAGGAAGAAGUGACAUCUUCGACAACGACGACAUCGACGACGACGACGACGUCAGCUGCCAGGCCGCCAGUGCCGGAGAAAUCGACGACGGUCAGCAAAGUGGCCAAGACAUUCAGCCAUGUGGUCACAGCAGCGCCUUCAGGCGCCAAAUCCUCCUCAGCGCCUGCAGCAAGUGUCAAGUCUGGUUUGGUAUCCGGCCGUGCAGCCAUCUUUGAGAAUAAGGCCAAUGGAGGCAUCUCCUCGCAGGCGGCACAACGCAACCAAAAGGAUCCCUGCGAGCUUUCGCUAAAGGACCGCAUGAAGCUCUUUGAAACGGGCAAUUCCAAAGCCAUGCUGCCCAAGGCGCCCAUAGGCACGUCGCCCAGCAUCAGCCAGAUCCGAGCAGCAGCCGAGGAGGAGGCAAAGGCCCAUGCUGCUGCAGUGCAUCCAGUUACAGCAGCCGCACAGAUUCAAACCAAGCCCAAGCCCGAGAGCAAGCUGCGCGACAAGGUGGCCGCCUUGGUGGCCUCGGCACAAUCCAGUGCUGAGAAUCGCAUCAAGGACAUUGAUCGUCAGCGGCAGGAGGAUAUGCAAAUCAUUGCCAAUCGUUUUAACAAACAAAAGGAGAUCUUCCAAACAGAGACAACAACGACUCCAAUUGUUAGAGCUCCACCAGCUCCGCCAGCAGGCAGUAAAGUGGUGCGUCCAACGCCGCCACCGCCACCACCGCCCAUGGCAAUCUCCAGCAGCAAGCGACGAUCACCUGGCGAUGUUGCCAUUGAUGAGGAAUCGAAGCGUGCACGCAAAUCUCAACAGGAUCGCUUGUAUCCCGCUUUAUCUGAACUGGACUCCAGUGAUGACAACUGCUGUGCGACGACGGCAACGGCUUCCGUUAACGAUGAUGAUAGCGAGGAUGAAAGUUGCAUGGAUGAUGAGUCGGUUGAGGACGCGGAUCAGUCACAGACUGAGGACAGCAGCUCAGGCAUGUGCAACGGCAGCCUUGGUCGUGCAAUUCUGCACACUGUGCAACGCAAUGAGGCAGAGAUGCAACAACAACAACAGCAGCAACAACAAAUGGGCAAAAAGGUACACUACGCCGAACAGGAUCAUUAUUAUAGUCAGGAUAGCUCAAUAUAUUCCUCGGGCGGUAUUGAUGAUUAUCUGGACGAGGCGCUGGGCGGUGACUACGGCAGCACCCAGGACGAGGACGAUGAUAGCGAGGAUGAGCACAAUGCCAGUCACUUGUCACUAGGCAGCAAGGGCACCACUGCCUCCAAUAGCUUCUCCUAUCGCCGACCAUCGGGAGCAGGCGCCUCCAGCUCGUCAGCCUGUGAGGCUCUUGAGGAGCAUCGUGAGAUGAUGGAUGUGCAGACGCCGCUACUGAACGGCGCACAGCCUGUGAAGUCCGAGCUGAGCGUUAACCAGGACAAUGAUAAUUUGGUGACAUUGGUGCACACCGUUAGCUUCUAUCGUCGCCAGCAGACAGCGAAUAGCUCCAACUCGACGCCAGUACGUAAGAUUUGUCGGGAGCAGCAGGUGAUGCGUUCUGCGUUAACUGCCGAUUGCCAUGCCAAGCACAAGCUGGAAUAUGACUCACCACAGCAGGGAGAGCCUGCCGAGCAUUGCCGUGAAGAGGACGACGAGCAGAUGAGCGCACGCGAGUCGAAUGAGGCGUCACAGGCGCAGGACAAGAUCAAGAAGCUUCUGAGCGAAGUGUGCAAACAACAGCAGGUCAUAGGUCAAGCCAGUCAAGCGCUUAAUCUCUGCGCUGCCACCGUCGAGUUUUCCGGCUCCACAGAAUCCGUUGAAGGCGAGCGUUAUCUGCUGCUAGCAACUCAUCGGCGUCAGGCCUGCUUGGAUGAAGUGCAGCGUUUGCGCGUCGAGAGCAGCGUUCGUCCCGUGGGCGCACCCAAGGAGAAGGGUCUGUUGACCGUCAAGGAAAUCACUUUACCGCUGAGACAGGAGUACGUACGCAAAAUGGCCACGGGCAACAACAAUGGCCAUCAUUUGGUCUGCCUGCUAAAGUACAAUGAGCAUGUGCUGGCCACCAAGACGGUGCCCACAAUGCCUGGACUGCUAUCCGUCAAAUUUCCCGAUGUGCUGCAGCUUAGCAAUGUCUAUGCGGACUUUCGGAUAACACUCGAGAUUUAUGGCAUGGUGGCACAGCGGGAUCAAUUGCCACAUGAGCUCAAGUAUCACAUCAAUCUGAACAAAAAGGGCGGCAAUAAAACACCCAAAAAGAAGGGCGGCGAGAAUCGUUUGGUCAUGCCACCGGUGCAGAGUCCAGCGGGUCCACAUGUGGUGCGUACACCACAGCUGGUGCAAUAUGGUUUCGCCAUCUUCUCGCUGCGUGAGAUUCAGCGCACCAGUUGGACACUGACGCAAGUGUUGGGCGUGAGUCCAUUAGAUGGCACCGUGCACAUGAAGGUUAACUGUGAGCUGUCGGUGAGUGUGGAGUACCAGGGAUUCCUUACCAUGUUCGAGGAUAUAUCCGGCUUUGGCGCCUGGCAUCGUCGCUGGUGCUAUCUAAACGGCUCCGUUAUCAACUACUGGAAGUAUCCAGAUGAUGAGAAGAAGAAGACGCCCAUGGGCAGCAUCGAUUUAAAUGCUUGCAUCUCACAAAAAGUGGGAACAGCAUCGCGUGACAUUUGUGCCCGUUUCAACACAAUGCUGCUGGAGUGUGAGCGUCCGGCAUUGGACACCGAUCAAGAAUCGUUGAUUAUAGUGCCCAAUGGACGCACAACAAUUGUGCGUCAUCUGCUCUCCGCUGACACAAAGGAGGAGCGCGAGGAAUGGACUGCCUACCUGAACAAGGCGCUGACACUGCUGCGCGCCUGGGGAACAAAUCAUUGAGGCGAUGAAUCAUUAGAGCAGCAGCAGCAAUCGCAUCAUUUGGGGCGGGGUUUUUUUAUGUUUUCAGUUUUAUGUUUUAGUUUAUUUUAUACGUUUACUUUUUUUAAUUAAUUCGCCUUAUAUGUUGUCCACUUCAAUCAACUGUAAGACUAUAUAACUGUCGUAACUGUAUUCAAUAUGCUCAACGUUAUCAACUGUAUUUAUAUAAUCCGACUUCAAGCUAAAAGUAUUUGUUGAGUGUCACAAAUUAUAUGUAUAAAGAUGAGAAAAACAACCUAAUUCUUGUUUAUUUAAAAACCAAAUUGAUUUAGGGAACUUGCUCUAUACACGGGUUAAGUUUUAUUAAAUACGUUUCACUAUACACAUACACAUAUAA